AUGCAAGAUUAAGUUGUUAAACCCAUUUAUCUGUCUGUGAAUCAAUUGACUGAUUUAUUCAGUGAUCCUCAAUAAAAUUCUGUAAUUUUAGAUGAUCAUCAAAAUUAUGACAACAAUUUUCCAAAUCAAGAUUCAUUUGCUGACUUACCUCUAGAGUUUAGUUUUUCUGCUCUAAAUUUGAUUAAUUCCGAAAAAACUAUUAAGGAAAUUUAAAAUAAAGAGAAGCCUCCAACUAGUGUUUUAGUUAGCAAAGAAUACUAUUAAAUGAUAAUGUUGAAAAUGGAACUGAAUAGAAAAUUGAGUGAAUAAAAUUAAUAAAUGAUCAAAGAGAACUAAGAAUUAAUAUAAAAACGUAAACAGCUUGAAGAUCAGAAUGCUGUAAUGCUUGAUCAGAACUUUUAAAUUAAGAGAGAUAUUUCAGAAAUGAAAUAAAAAUUAUUUAUUUCUUAGAGUGCUUUACCUUUAAGGAAAGACAAAUAAAUAAUCGAAUUAAGGAAUCAAUAUAAAGAACUUUAAGUAAAAGCAUCACAAAGAUAAGAGACAUAAUCAACAAUUAUGACUGAAAAUAGUACUGCAGACUCUGAUAAAUCUAAUUCUUAUUAUUGCAAUACAAGUCGAUUAGUAAGAGUAGAUUAAAGCUCUUCUCAUCAUUAAGCAACUAAACCUUAUAGAAGCAGAAACAAUUCCUUUGUCAAAAUUGUGAAAAAUUGAUUACCC